ACCGCCGGCGAGUGCAGCCGCAGGGCGCCGCAGCCGCCGCCUCCUCCCCCGCCGCCGCUCCCUCUUGUCGCCGCUGCCGCCCAUGGCUUCCCGCCACCCCCGCUGACCGGCCGCCCCUCGCCUCCUCCCGAGCCGGGCCGGGCCGGGGCCGGGCAGAGAAGAUGGGGAACACCACGUCCUGCUGCGUCUCCUCCAGCCCCAAGCUGCGCCGGAAUGCCCACUCUCGGCUGGAGUCGUAUCGCCCCGAGGCCGAGCUGAGCCGGGAGGACACGGGCUGCAACCUGCAGCACAUCAGCGACCGGGAGAACAUCGACGAUUUGAACAUGGAAUUCAACCCAUCAGAUCAUCCACGGGCCAGUACGAUAUUUCUCAGUAAAUCACAAACAGAUGUGAGAGAAAAACGCAAGAGUCUCUAUAUAAACCACCAUCCUCCUGGGCAGUUGAGAAGGAAAUACAGUUCCUGCUCCACUAUUUUCCUGGAUGACAGCACGGUCAGUCAACCAAACCUCAAGUAUACCAUCAAAUGUGUAGCUCUUGCAAUAUAUUACCACAUCAAAAACAGGGACACAGACGGAAGAAUGCUCUUAGAUAUUUUUGAUGAAAACCUUCAUCCCCUUUCGAAAUCCGAAGUGCCACCAGACUAUGACAAACAUGACCCGGAGCAGAAACAGAUUUACCGCUUUGUCCGGACGUUGUUCAGUGCUGCUCAACUGACUGCUGAAUGUGCCAUUGUCACCCUGGUAUAUCUUGAAAGACUCUUAACUUAUGCAGAGAUAGAUAUUUGUCCAGCAAACUGGAAGCGAAUAGUACUGGGGGCAAUUCUACUGGCAUCUAAAGUUUGGGACGACCAGGCAGUGUGGAACGUGGAUUACUGCCAGAUCCUGAAGGAUAUCACAGUCGAAGACAUGAAUGAGCUGGAACGCCAGUUUCUUGAGCUGUUACAGUUCAAUAUUAAUGUUCCCUCCAGUGUUUAUGCCAAGUAUUAUUUUGAUUUACGUUCCCUGGCAGAAGCAAAUAACCUGAGUUUUCCCUUGGAGCCCCUCAGCAGGGACAGGGCAUAUAAACUUGAGGCCAUUUCUCGCCUGUGUGAAGAUAAAUACAAGGACUUCAGGAAAGCUGCAAAGAAGCGGUCGGUCAGUGCUGACAAUCUGACUGUGGUUAGAUGGUCCCCUGCAAUUAUCUCCUAACAGAGGAGACUGGAAUAUUCCUACGGACGUACUGUUUCAUCCAUCCAUUUUUUUCAGAGUGGGCUGGGGGCGGGGGGAUAAAGAAAAAAAGACUUUUUUUUUUUUUAUUUUUAAAUCUCUCAAGCUGCCUUUACAGUGCCUCCCCAUUGUGUAGCACACGAGUGAAAUACCUAACGGAAGGAGAAAUGGAGAAAUCGGUGUUCGGGAGAGAAGAUCGGCAACAAUUAUUUUCUCACUUCCACUAACAGCUUUACGCUUUUAUGAGGAAACAGCAAAUCGGGUGCUUGGAAGAAGAAACAAAAAAAUGAAGUAGAGGCAGAAAAAUAUUUAAGAACUCUGCUAUUUUCUAUUAUACUGUACUCAUGACGGGAAAUGGCAGCAUGAAAAAAAAAAUGUAGUCAGAUGACUGUGCACUAGAGGAAUGACAUUGGGAGAGUUCCAUCUUAAAGGUUUCUCUUAAUAUCUUUUUUUGUUGCUGUUGUUGUUUUUUUUGCAUUCCUCAUUGCUGCUUCCCAGGAUAAAUUCUUCCCCUUGCACAGCAGGAAAUAAAAAGUCGGUAUUUGCAGUAGCACAAGCCCCUGAAUAAAUAGCGUUGGGUUUUUUCACUGCACUUUUCUCUGUAACCUGUCUUAUUAGCAUUAUUCUUCUUAAUUAUUAUGCAUAUGUUACAUUUCUUGUAUGCCUUUUAUUGUUUUUCAAAAGAGAGAACUUGACCAUAGUGCUGAACCAAAAGUGUGUACAGGGAUCAGAAGAUCUUUGUAAUUUCAUUAUGUGUUUUAUUUAUAGUAUACUUGGGUGCGUGUGCCUUCCUGAGUACUUGGAAUCAUUUAUUUUUCCGCAAUAUAAAGAUACAAUUGUUAAAGUCUUGAGAUGAUGAUAAGACUUGGGCCAAAUCUCUGAAAUUUGCAGCAGAUCUUGUGAUCCUUUUUGCAGAUUUUCAUAACGUUAGAAGUUUAGCAGAAUUCAUUCAUUUUGAAGGAGAUUUUUUUUUUUAUGGCCUGACAAGUUCAUUCCUUCACCUCCAGGUCCAUUGUUGCAAGCAAUAUUCUCAAUUUUUAUAUGUUUACUUUAAAUCAAAGUGAGUCUGUUUGUAUAAAAUAAAAAAUAAUAAAAAAAAUUGUUCCAAUGAGAAGGCCUGUAGAAGAGCAGAAUGGAAAUCUUAACAAGGUAUCUGUCACAAGGAGAUUUGAUUUGGAAUCUAAAAUACAAACCCUCAUGUUUUUCAGUGUAGGUGCUUAUAGAAAUUAAAAGUAACUGAACUGUGAAUAUAAUUUCCAACUCAGAUUAUGAAACUCCUCUGUUGUUAUUAUUUCGCUCCUACUGUGGCUGUUCCCCACCUUGGCAAUUGUAAGAACCUUUUAUACAAAAUAACUUGUCAGUAUAAGCAUAUUUGCUUCAUAACACCACAGGGUGACUUUAUUUCCCUUUUUUCACAGUUUUUUUUUUUUUGGUUUGGUUUUUUUUGGUUUUUUUUUUUUUUUUUUUUUUUUGGGUUUUUUUUUUUUUUUUUUUUUUUUUUUGCACAGUUUAGAAAGAUACAGCUGAAAGCUCUCAGUUCCCUGAAACCUGUCCUUGUGACUAUCACUGAAGGGAAUGGCAGCAGAUGUCCCUGAUUUGUGCACUACUGUUGUAACCCACAAAGAUUCCAUGUUUAUUUUGUUAAGCCCUAUGGGCUUGUAGCUACCUGGGGGCCCAGAGACGCACGCUUGGCUCCCAGAGUGAUGCUAAUCCGGGGCCUCCAGGCGGGGAGGCACCACAGGAUGGAAGCAGUGAAACCAAACGGUUUCCUGUUAGCUUUCCAAUGUGAUUUCUUUAGUUUGAGACAUGAAGGCUUUGUCCAUAAAUUCUCCUGAUGUUCUUUGGGCCAUUAAAAUAAUCUAAUUCUCAUCACUUCUUGUUGUGCCAAUGCAUCAGAACUGUGAGUAUCCAAGUCCAUUUUCCCUUGAACAUGGAAUGUAAGGCAAGUGUUUAUAACAAAUUACAGCAUUUGAAACCUCUUUACAGAUAGUAUCAAAAGGAACAUUUUCAGAGCAUUUGAAAUUCAUCCUUUAUAAGCAUAAAUUUAGGCUUUAAAAUAUGUAAAAUAUUUUGAUUUAUCAACACUUUGCUAAACUAUUUUCCAUUUAACUUGAUAUCAGGAAUAUUGGUUUUAUCCAUUUCUGGGUGAUAGAGAUAUGAACUUUGGAUUAUGUAAAGAUAUCAAUGCAUCUACUAUAAUUUUUGUGAAGUUUAUUAAACUACUUUAAAGAUUGUAUAGUCUAUUUAUUGUAUGUAUGUACAUACAGUCUGAUACUUUAAAAAGUGGAUUCCGUAAAACCUGGCUCAGUCUUGUUUAGACUAUUGAAUAUCGUUUUAGCCUUGUGCACUGGACUCUACCUCUGUAUAGGAGAAUUUUCCAUAUUCUUAAUUAGUACUGAUUCUGUGAUUAACUUGGUUAUGUUUCUUGCACUAAGAAUUAAAAAAAAAUCUGCUCUAAGUGUGGAUUUUUUUCUUUAGUUUUACCAUAUGAAUCCUCUACAUUUAGAUGGAUGUUUCUUUUCCUCAUGGUUAUAGAAUGAUUCUUUGCUUUUUCUUCUGGUUUGUUCCAGGGUUGCCAAAAAAUACAGUACCUGUCAGUAAAUCUGAAAAGUGUCUUUUGUUUGCAAGGUAUUCUAUACCAGGUAAUUAAAAAUGAAUUAUUAUUUAGGCUUACGUUGUGUUUAGUGCAGUUUUUUCAGCAUUACUGUAUGGAAAAUACCAUUGCAAAGUUAGAGAAUCGCUGGAGAUGUAAGAAGGGAGGAGAACCAUAUAACAUUUUGAUUAACAGCACAAAGACAUUGUGUUUUGCUGUAAAUGUUUUCUGGAUUAAGGUUUUCAUUAUUGCAUUGGUCACCGGCUCAGAACUGAAAAGGUGUAGGAGAUAUAAUAAACCUGUCCCUUCAAGUA